UCCACAAUCGGAACUAGUUCAGAUAGUGGAGGGCUGCCGGCGAAGUUCCCACUACUUUUUUCAAUGCAGGCGGUAGUGUGGGGCCCGCGUUUGGCAAACCUAUCAAGCUGUUCCUGGCGAAAAGCUUUUCAUCUCCGAGCUUUCUCAUCUUCAACAUCGUCUGAUUACUCCAACCAAUCCCGUGGUGGCCUCCCUCGCUUCUACUCCCAUGUCCUCCCUCCUUCGAAGGGUGGUGUUGUACGUGUGGAAGGUGAUGAAUUCUGGCAUAUGACUAGAGUUCUACGAUUGAGCACGAACGAUAGGGUAGAGCUUUUUAAUGGAAAAGGAAGUUUAAUUGAAGGUUGCAUACAGAGGGUUGACCAUGCUGGACUGGAUUUUGUGGCACUGGAGGACCCAAAGUUAGUGUCUCCUCAGACCGUGCAAUGGCAUGUGUUUGCUGCUUUUGGUGGUCGAGCUGAUUGGCUUGUGGAGAAAUGCACCGAGCUGGGAGCCAGUAGUGUAACACCUCUGUUGACUGAACGAUCUGUUACAAUUUCGGAAAAUCGGAUGGAUAGACUGCAACGAGUUAUUUUAGCAGCAACUAAACAAUGUCAACGGCUGCAUGAGAUGACUUUGCACCCUCCUAUGAAAAUUGCUGGCCUUUUUCCUAUUGUCUUGCAGUCUAAGUUUUCUUUUGUGGCUGCGGCGGAGGCCAUUCCUGUUAUAAGUGCUCUGAAUUCCUCAAGAAAAGAAUCAAGUGGAUUAGUAAUAAUCGGACCAGAAGGGGACUUCACAGAGAAAGAGAUGAACAUGAUGGUAGAAGCAGGUGCAAUUGCAGUUGGUCUAGGGCCUCACCGCCUACGAGUAGAAACUGCUACAAUGGCACUGAUGGCAACUCUAAUGUUGUGGUCGGACUCUCAGGAACAAUCCACUUCUUAGCUGUGCUGGGAAUUGUUCCAAAACAUGCAGUUUUGUAUUGGUGGUUAAAAUGCCAAUGCACUUGAUUGCUUGCAAGCCAUGGUUAAUCCUAGAUUUUCUGGGUCAGAAAGACUUAAAGGCAGGUUCACAUUUCAUCUAUUAGUUUAUGUGGUUAUUUUAUGUUUGGUUACUAUAGAGGUUGUCGUUUAAGUUAAACAUUUUUAUAUCAGCAGAUAAAUCU